AUGUUAUCUUCGACUACGUGGGUGCCGCGUGGCUUUGCAUCAGAGUUUCCGGAGAAGUACGAGCUGGAUGACGCGGAGAUGGCGCGGAUCAACGAGCUGGCGCAGCUGCAGCUGGACGAUGCGGAGGAAGGCCUGGAAGAGGCCGGUGGUGCGCAGGAGGGCGCGGCGCUGUGGGCGCAAUUGGACGGUGACGACGACCUGAAGGAGUACGACUUGGAGCACUACGACGAGGAGGAUGCGGGCGCGGGUGCAGAGGUGACGAUGUUCCCGGGGCUCUCGGGCGAGGCGCGCUUCCACGAGGGUGAGGAGGGGCAGGACGCGUACCUGAGCUUGCCAACCGUAGAGGAGGAGCAGGAGGAGCGGGCGGAGCUGCAGGUGUACCCGACAGACAACCUGGUGCUGGCAACGCGGACGGAAGACGACAUUUCGUACCUGGACGUGUACGUGUACGACGACGGCGCGGGGUUCCACGACGAGGCGGUGCCGCAGGAGGCCGGGGACGCGCAGGACCCCGACGUGGCGCGCGGGCUGAUACGGGACGCGUCGUUGUACGUGCACCACGACCUGAUGUUGCCGGCAUUCCCGCUGUGCGUGGAGUGGGUGAACUACCGGCCCGGGUCGAACUCUGACGCGCCGGCAAACUUUGCGGCGGUCGGCACCUUCGACCCCACGAUCGAGCUGUGGAACCUGGACUGUGUGGACCGCGCGUUCCCCGACAUGAUCCUCGGCGAGCCCGCGGACUCUGCGACCGCGUCCAAGAAGUCGAAGAAGAAGAAGAAGGGCAAGAAGCAGCACGUGGCUACACACCACACAGACGCCGUGCUCUCGCUGGCCCACAACCGCCACUUCCGUGCGGUGCUGGCGUCGACGUCGGCCGACCACACUGUGAAGUUAUGGGACCUUAACCACGGCCGUGCCGCGCGGUCGCUGGAUGCCGUGCACAGCGCCACCGCAGUCUCCUCUUCCCAGUGGCAUCCUUCUGAUGGUUCGAUCCUGCUGACGGCGGGUUACGACUCGCGCGUCGCGCUCUCGGACGUGCGGAUUGCCAACGACGCAGGGAUGAGCAAGUACUGGAAGGUUAUGAAGGGCGAAGAGAUCGAGUCGGCCACGUUUGUGAGCGAGACUGUCUUCUUGGCCGGUACCGACAGCGGUAAUGUCUACUCGUUUGACCUGCGGAACGGAGAAGACAGCGCUCCUCUGUGGACGCUGAAUGCACACGACUCGGGGAUCUCGUCUCUGAGCGUCAGCCCCUCAAUCCCCAACAUGCUGGUCACCAGCGCCAUGGGCGAAAAGGUCAUUAAGUUGUGGAAGACGCCAGCCGAGGGCGCCUCUGCGCAGGAGGGCCCCCGCAUGGUCUUGUCUCGCGACUUCGGCGUGGGCAACGUCUUGAGCACAAGCUUCGCUCCGGACGUCGAGGUGGCCAGCACAUUCGUCGUUGGUGGUACGAGCCCUGGCCUGAAACUGUGGGAUGCCUUCACCAACCGCACUGUGCGCAAGAGCUUUGCCUCGGAGCUGCAGGCUGUCCAGCAGCGGGCCAGAGAAGAGGCCAAGCAGCUCGGCAAGGCGUCCCGUAUCGCCAGGAAAUACAUCAGCAACAGUAAUCCGGACACCGUUGUCACCGUGGAUGACAACGGCAGCGACGAGGAGGAGCAAGAGGGCGCUGCGGACGACUGGGAGGACGAAGAGUGA